GAAGCAGCGGCGUGCGGAUUCAGGGUGCGGGCGGAGGGCACAGCACAGCCCGGCUCCUCACGGCCCCCGCGGGCCCAACCUCCCGUGCCCCCGAUGGAGUUCAAGCUGGAGGCGCACCGGAUCGUCAGCAUCUCCCUGGGCAAGAUCUACAGCGCGCGGGGACAGCGCGGCGGCCUCAAGCUACACAAGAACCUCCUGGUGUCGCUGGUGCUGCGCAGCGCCCGUCAGGUUUACCUCAGCGAACCCGGCUGCCCGCCCGAGCCGGCCUGCGGGCCCCCCGAGGAGGAACCGCCGCCGCCCGGCACCGCCGCCUGGCCGGCCGGCGAGGAGACGACGAUACCGCCGCCCCCGCAGGACGAGGCGGCUCGGGGCGGCCCGCGGGUGCCCGGCGCAGAGUGCCAGGGCCCCCGGCCGCGGCGCUGUUGCUGCGGCUGUAGCUGCUGCUGCGCGGCGGCGGCGGGGGGUGAGGAGAACCGCCCGGACUGCGCCACCGCCACCGGGGUGGCCGCCACGCUCCCGCCGCCGCACUGUCCCCGGAAGCGGAGCGCCGGCGAGCGGGUCCAGGCGGGCUCCCCGGUGAAGAAACCCCGCCGCGAGGUGGAGGAGGAACCGCCGCCGCCGCCGCCGGACGAGCAGGAGGACAUGGAGACGGGCAACGUGGCCAGCCUCAUCAGCAUCUUCGGCUCCAGCUUCUCGGGACUGCUUAGCAAGGAGCCCAAGGGACGGCGGCGGCCGCCCCUUGACGGCGGCGAGUCAGUAGCGGCGACGUCCGCCGAGGCAGCGGCCGAACCGGGACAGAUCUGCUGCGACGAGCCGGUGCUGCGGACCCUCAACCCCUGGAGCACGGCCAUCGUGGCCUUCUGAGCGCCGGCCACAGAGACUUCCCCUCGCCCUCCGCCGCGGGGAAGGGGGGGGUGCCUGUCGACGGACGGGCAGCCGGACCCAGAGGUGACCCCCUCCCGUUCCCCCCCCUUCCCGCAGCCCUGGCCCGACGGAGGAAGGCGGGCAGCGCCGCGGGGUUCCGGCGCCCAGCCCCGCCGCACGGGAGGGACCUCGGGGGCAGCAGCAUUUCCCCAUUCCCCGCCGGCACCUCCGGGUCCCGUCCUGGGAGCGCCCCGGCUCAGCCUUCCCGGAAUUCCCCUUCCCGGCCGGGCCCCCGCCCUGUCCGGCGCCCGUGGGAGGCUGCCCGGCUGCCGCCAGCACCGGGAGCGCUCCGGCCGGGGGAUAUUUUAAGCUUGGAAAGUAUUAAGUUUAUUAAAUAAAGUCUCUAUUUUGGAAAGGUU